GGCACGCGUUUGCGGGGAUGAUUGAUGGUCGCCGGGAUCUGCGCGGGAGCAGAGCAGUGGGACCUGGGCGAGGGGCGUGGUCUCCAGCAGUCCUUCCGGGUGGGGCUCGGCCUGGGGCGCAGGAGGAUGCUGGUGGUGGAGGUUGCUAAUGGCCGCUCGCUGGUGUGGGGAGCUGAGGCGGUGCAGGCGCUGCGGGAGCGCCUGGGAGUCGGGGGCCGCACGGUGGGCGCCCUGCCCCGCGGGCCCCGCCAGAACUCGCGCCUGGGCCUCCCGCUUCUGCUGUUACCCGAGGAAGCAAGGCUCCUGGCCGAGAUAGGCGCCGUGACGCUGGUCAGCGCCCCGCGCCCUGAUCCCCGCAACCAUGGCUUGGCCUUAGCGUCGUUCAAACGCCAGCAAGAGCAGAGUUUCCAGGAGCAGAGCACUCUGGCAGCCGAGGCCCGUGAGACCCGGCGUCAGGAGCACCUAGAGAAGAUCGCAGAGGGCCAGGCUGCCAAGAAGCCGAAGCUGGAACAGGAUUCAGGGGCAGAUGAAGGCCAAGAAGCCAGUGGAAGCGCAGCUGCCCAAGGGAGUGAGGCUGGUGGUGAUGGCCAGGCUAAUGCGGAGCAGGAGGGAGCAGCAGGUGAAGGCUCUGCGCCUUCUCCAGACUCUUCAUCCACCUCAGACUCUUCAUCUGCCCAACCAGGGCCUUCAAACGGGGUGACCCCCUUGCCCAGGUCAGCCCUGCUCAUCCAGCUGGCCACUGCUAGGCCUCGGCCUGUAAAGGCUAAGCCCCUGGAUUGGCGUGUGCAGUCCAAAGACUGGCCCCAUGCUGGCCGACCUGCCCAUGAGCUGCGCUACAGCAUCUACAGAGACCUGUGGGAGAGAGGCUUCUUCCUCAGCGCAGCUGGGAAGUUUGGUGGUGACUUCCUGGUCUAUCCUGGUGACCCGCUGCGUUUCCACGCUCACUACAUUGCUCAGUGCUGGGCUGCUGAAGACCCCAUCCCUCUCCAGGACCUGGUCUCUGCCGGCCGCCUGGGAACCAGUGUCAGGAAGACCCUGCUUCUCUGCUCCCCUCAGCCUGAUGGGAAGGUGGUCUACACCUCCCUACAGUGGGCCAGCCUGCAGUGAGCUGCUGGCUGAGCGGGGUGUGGCUGUGGGCUGUAAGAACCUUCCUGGAUGGUCACCCCAGCUUGUCUACAUGAAGGCUUGUGUUCUCCCGCCCUGCCUGAUUCCACAGUUUUGAACACUACAUCCUUUUUAGCUUUUUUGUUUUCCUGUUUGAAGGCUGUUUUCCUGUGUUGUUUUGUAUUUUCUGUUUCCAAACUGUGAGCUUGUUCAGAGUUGAGACUGCUCUUAUUUUAUUUGGCUUUUCUGUUUCCUACAUGGCAGUUCUCAGUAAAUUUGUUGAAUAAAUGUAUUUUGAGUCCUGACAACAA